AUGCCGGGCCGCGAAACCAAGGGAUACAGCUCCCGAGACUCUAUAGAGGAUAUUUGGGGUCCUCGGACGCCGUAUAAACACGAGUGGCCCACUCGCGUCGACUACGCGUGCGACGAGCAGCCGGACAAGUGGGUGCAGAGCGCUUGCGCCUCUGUAGCAACGGAUCGCGCAACCUGGGAUGAGGCCAUGGAUCUCAUUGUGGGCAAGGCAAAAGAGCUAUCGAAGCACCUGACGAACCAUAGCAUUGCUUUCUACACGAGCGGACAACUUUUUCUAGAGGAAUACUAUGCUCUUGCUCUCGUUGGGAAAGCUGGCCUCAACACGCUUCACAUGGAUGGUAACACGCGGCUCUGUACGGCGACAGCGGCCGCGUCCAUGAGGGAGUCGUUCGGCUCCGACGGCCAGCCCGGAUCGUACCGAGACGUGGACUUCACGGACUGUCUCUUCAUGGUGGGGCACAACGUCGCCGCCACGCAGACAGUUCUCUGGUCCCGCAUUCUCGACCGCCUAGACGGGCCGGACCCGCCGCAGCUCAUCGUCGUCGAUCCUAGGCUUUCGGAUACGGCGAGGAGGGCGACCGUUCACCUGGCACCCAAGAUUGGGACGAACCUGGCUCUGCUGAACGGGAUUCAGCACCUGUUGUUCAAGAAUGGGUGGAUCAACCACGACUACGUUUCGAGGCACGUCGUGGGCGUCGACGCGUUGAGGGAGACUGUCAAGCGCUACGACCCCGAGUACGUGCAGGAGAUAACCGGGGUUCCGUCUGCAGAUCUCGAAAAGGCGGCCCGGAUCCUGGGCACGGCCAAGAGCCUCCUGUCGAGCGCGCUCCAGGGGGUGUACCAGUCCAACCAGGCCACGGCCAGCGCGUGCCAGAUCAACAACAUCAACCUCCUCCGCGGGCUGAUUGGCAAGCCGGGGAGCGGUAUCCUGCAGAUGAAUGGGCAGCCCACGGCGCAGAAUAAUAGGGAAGUGGGCUGCGACGGCGAGUACCCCGGGUUCCGGAAUUUUCAAAACCCGGCGCACAUGGAGGAGCUCGCCCGCCUCUGGAACAUUGACCCGGUCAAGUUGCCGCACUGGAGCGAGCCGACGCACAUUUCCACCAUUAUGAGCUUUAUGCAAAAGGGGUCUAUCCGCAUGAUGUGGGUAUCCGGCACCAACCCGCUCGUCAGCCUGCCCAACCUCUCCAACGUGCGGGACGUAUUCACCCAGCCUGAGCUGUUUGUGUGGGGUGAGAAGACGGGCACGUUUACCAACGCGGAUCGUACGGUGCACAUCUCGCACAAGGCCGUCGACCCGCCGGGCGAGGCGAGGUCGGACUUUGCUAUUUUUGUGGACUUUGCCCGCCGCAUGGGAUUCAGGGACCGGGACGGAAACGACUUGGUGCCGUUUCAGAAGCCCGAAGAAGCGUUUGAGGCGUGGAAGAGGGUGUCUGCCGGGCGGCCGUGCGAUUACACCGGCCUAACGUAUGAGAAGCUGACGGGUGGGUCGGGGAUCCAGUGGCCCUGCAACGAGGACUACCCGAGUGGAAGGGAGCGGCUUUAUGAGAACGGCGUAUUUUAUACGGAUUUGGACUCGUGCGAGUCCUACGGGCACGACUUUGAAACUGGCGCGCCCUUUUCCAAGGCCGAGUACGAAUCUAUGAACCCGGACGGCCGGGCGAUCUUGAAAGCAUGCCACUACGUGGCGCCGCCGGAAGAGCCCGACGAAGAAUAUCCGUUGAGGCUCUCGACGGGGCGAAACGUUUACCAGUUCCACACGCGGACAAAGACGGGCAGAAGCGAGCUGCAAAGGGCGGAUCCGGAGCCCGAAGCCAGGAUUUCGGCCUCGGACGCGAAACGGUUUGAUAUUACGGACGGGGAGAUGGUGAUUCUACGGUCCCGACGGGGGCGAGCAGCGAACGAGUUGACGAUCGGAUGCUGGGAUCCCAUCUCGAAGCAACCCACGUUCAAGGCGGGUGCGAUUAGGAUCGAGAAAAUCCGCACCGCGGCCGGGGAGGAGAGCACGGGGCCACACGUCAGGGAGCAGCACUCUACGGCGGUCGCGCGCGUGAGCUCCCGCAACGACGCUGCGGCCACGACGUCGCGCCAAGACUUGACGAACCGCGCUCGGUGCCUCGAGCUAUGGCUCGGAGAGACGUACGAGGCGGUCGUGCAGCUCGGGGAGAUUUACGGCGAUCUCGUGCCGAAGCUCAUCCACGACCCCGAGGUGGAGGGCGGGCUCCGGGUGCUCCGCCGGCUCGCGGAGGACAUGAGGCGCCGGCUGGCGACGCAGGUGGACAAGUACGGGGAGAACCAGCAGCGGGGCAGGCACCGGGCGCACAUCCUCCGGGAGAGCCUGUUCCCGUCGGCGGACGAGCCGUCGACGCCGUUCGAGGUGCUGGAGACGCUGCAGGGGCUGCACGCGCUCUGGGACGGAGAGUUUGAGAGCGCGGUGGGGUUCGCGCGGCAGACGCUGGAUCGGAUGCAGAGCUGGACGCAGCAGCAGAUGAAGGUUCGGAGCCCGCAGACGCUUUUGGUGCCGGCUCCGAAGGACUGA